AUGGGUGAGAGGCGCGAAAUGAAAGUUGCCCAUGAGGCGCAGAAGGACCCGAAUAAGAAAAUAAAUGUAGAAGGCAAAAGUGAAUUAGAUGCGGUAAUGAGCCUUCGUACCGCUGAAGCAGUCGCCAAUCGAGCUUUGGAAGCCUGCAAGUCCGAAAAAAGUGCAUUAUUGUUGAGUUUUUGGCGAAUUACGAAGAGGUAUGGUGUAGUGGCAAAGCGACUAACAACGCAGUUUUAUGAAAAACUCUGGACGCCGGAAUAUAAAAGCGAGGAAAGCUGGAUAGCAAAGUCCGAAUUAAUCAGCUAUGUAAGUUCUUCAUUUUACGCUUCAAGAAUCCCACUUCUGGUUUUGGAUCUUUAA